AUGUCUGAGGCUCUGAUUGACGAGGAAAAUUUCGUUCCACCGACGGCGCGGGUUGGGUUGUCCAUAGUACGGACACAUCGCCGUUUCCUUUUGCGCCACCGCCACUUUGUUCAUCAGUACGCUGCCAUGUACAGAGCACGGCUGGAAGCACUGGAGAGGCGUGUUCUCAAGGCGGUAAGUGCCAAAGUCGCUGCUGGAAAUGUUGUUGGCACUUUUCCUCAAAGGUCUCGCGUGCUGGAACUUGGCAUAGGGGAGCGGGCGCUUUGUGUAGGGGUAGCGUACAAGGAGGCGCGUCUGCUUCCACGCUUCUUGGACGAAUACCAGAAAGAGUUGGUGCGCAUUGAUGCUGGUGAGGAGGAAGACUCGUAUGGGGGUUCUGAAGCUGUCUCGUGUUCUGUCCCUCUGCGUGCAAAUAGUCGGGGAGUAAACCCUACACCUGGAAAUUGUUGUGAAGGUGAUGCACGUAAUCAGUCUCACUUAUUUAACAUAUGUGGUGAGGAUGAUGAGGUAUUCAUGGAGGACGACAGCGGUCGCGUGCGUUUGGAGGGUAUCCCCGCCGCGGUUGUUUGCACGGGAUUAGUACUGGGCGUGGAUGGCACGUUGCUUGAGAACGGGUGUCUUUCUGUGAAUUGUUACGCUAUAGGAGAUUUGCGGGAAGUGUAUGUUCCUCGUACAUUGCCGACCGUGUCGUCUCCUACGCCCUGCUACGUUGGCUUUGUUUGUGGUCUUGAACUGUGCUCUGCGCAGACACAAACCGAUGCAGCAACGAACGGUCGAACAAUGAUCGAACUUCUUGUGGAUUACCUUAGCGGCACCUUGGGAAGCACUGGGAAGGUUGUGCAGCCGUCGUACAUAUCCCGCUUGGUGAUUGGCGGAAACAGCAUAGCCCCCACCGAAGAACUUCGGUUAAAGAGGAAAGUGAAGCUUGACCCUUCGGAUCAUGUGAAACUCAGCGAUGACAAGCAAAACAACGGCACGGUGACCUCUGCUUCGCUUAUGCGAGAGUUAGACGCGAUACUUGCUCGCCUAGCGGACUCCAUUGAGGUUGAGUUGAUGCCAGGCGAUAACGACAUGACAAACGCCUUCCAUCCACAACAACCUAUACACCCACUGUUGCUGCCAGAGGCGGCGCGCCGUUCCUCCAUAGGUUUUGUGACGAAUCCAUAUGAAUUUGUUGCGUUCCCCAGCGAUGAUGAGGAAAAUCAUGUAGAAAGGAGCGGCGCCGAUGCGACAGAGGGUGGGACGAUAUUUUUUGUCUCUUCCGGCAGUAAUUUGAAUUGUGUCAACCGUGAGACACGAUUUGACUCCCGUCUUGAUGCUAUGUCUUUGAUUCUUCAGAGUGGAUGCGCCUGCCCCACAGCACCGAACACUGUAUUUAGCUACCCCUUCACAGAUACCGAUCCCUUCGUUUUCCCCAAGGCUCCCCACUGUUUCGUGUGUUGUGAUCAGCCGGAGUGGGAAACGCGUUGGGAGCCGCUUGCCACGUUCGACCCAACGCGUGAUACCAACGGUUGCGGUAUCCUCCUGAACGAAGAGAUGGAAGGUCAGUCCCAGGAAAUUGAGAGCGAUGGGGCUGGUGUGCGACUCGUUUGUGUACCGACUUUCGCUCAGACAGGUAAGCUAGUACUCGUGGAUGUUAAUUCUCCAACACUAGAAACUACUUAUGUUGACUUUGCGUCAGGGCUGCGCAACCCACGUUAA